UUGAUUUAGCUUCGUAGUACGAAUUGUUUCCAUUCUGAAUAUUUCAUUUUGCACACCCGGCGUGCAGAAUUAGCUAAAUCGAGUGCACAGUCACAGACUAAUCAACAUGAUCAUAGCACUGACUGAAUACUGCGCUCGUUGACUGGAAAUCUUUAUUUUAUUUUCUUAAUUUAUUCCUCAAACAUUAUAUUAACCCUAUUAUAACGUUGUACUAUGCUUGUUAAUAACGGUAUAUCUGUUACUGCUCUCGUGUAAUAAACGGUCCGUUUUUCUGUCUAUGAUCUCAUCUCUGUCUGGAUGAUAGGAGGAGAGGGGAGAGAGGAGCGGCGUCAAUAGACUACACAAAACACUCUCUAGUAAUUUUACGGUUCUCUUGUUGCUGCCUUCGCGAGUGAUCAUCUGAAAUGGCAACCAGCGUAAAGAGGCCGUCCCUAGGUCCGGUCCCUCCCCCCAGGAAGAAGUCCAGCCCCAAGUCAGAGCUCACUGAGGAGCUGAAACAGGAGAUCAGAGAGGCCUUUGAACUUUUCGACACCGACGCCUCCGGACACAUUGAAGUCAAGGAGCUAAAGGUUGCUAUGAGGGCGCUGGGGUUUGAGCCGAAGAAAGAGGAGAUUAAGAGGAUGAUAACGGAGGUGGAUAAGGACGGAACAGGAAAGAUCUCCUUCUCUGAUUUUCUCACUGUCAUGACUCAGAAGAUGGCUGAGAAGGAUUCUAAGGAGGAGAUCCUGAAAGCAUUCCGUCUGUUUGAUGAUGAUGAGACGGGGAAGAUCUCCUUCAGGAACCUGAAGAGGGUUGCCAAGGAACUAGGAGAGAACCUGACUGACGAGGAACUGCAGGAGAUGAUCGAGGAGGCAGACAGGGAUGGAGACGGCGAGGUGAACCAGGGAGAGUUCCUCCGCAUCAUGAAGAAGACCAGCCUGUACUGAGACUAGACCAGGGUGUUGUGGGGUUAGAAGACCAGCCUGUACUGAGACCAGCCUGUACCCCUCCAACAGCCCACCUCCUCUACCCCUAGUCACCUCCUCCCCUCCAACAGCCCACCUCCUCUACCCCUAGUCACCUCCUCCCCUCCAACAGCCCACCUCCUCUACCCCUAGUCACCUCCUCCCCUCCAACAGCCCACCUCCUCUAUCCCUAGUCACCUCCUACAACACCUCACCUCCUCCAACAGCCCCUCCUCCUCUACCCCUAGUCACCUCCUCCAACAGCCCACCUCCUCUACCCCUAGUCACCUCCUCCAACAGCCCACCUCCUCUACGCCUAGUCACCUCCAACACCCCACCUCCUCUACCCCGAGUCACCUCCAACAGCCCACCUCCUCUACCCCUAGUCACCUCCUCCCCUCCAACAGCCCACCUCCUCUACCCCUAGUCACCUCCUUCAACAGCCCACCUCCUCUACCCCUAGCCACCUCCUCCAACAGCCCACCUCCUCUACCCCUAGUCACCACCUCCAACAGCCCACCUCCUCUACCCCUAGUCACCUCCUCCAACAGCCCACCUCCUCUACCCCUAGUCACCACCUCCAACAGCCCACCUCCUCUACCCCUAGUCACCUCCUCCCCUUCAACAGCCCACCUCCUCUACCCCUAGUCACCACCUCCAACAGCCCACCUCCUCUACCCCUAGUCACCUCCUCCCCUUCAACAGCCCACCUCCUCUACCCCUAGUCACCACCUCCAACAGCCCACCUCCUCUACCCCUAGUCACCUCCUCCAACAGCCCACCUCCUCUACCCCUAGUCACCUCCUCCAACAGCCCACCUCCUCUACCCCUAGUCACCACCUCCAACAGCCCACCUCCUCUACCCCUAGUCACCUCCUCCAACAGCCCACCUCCUCUACCCCUAGUCACCUCCUCCAACAGCCCACCUCCUCUACCCCUAGUCACCACCUCCAACAGCCCACCUCCUCUAUCCCUAGUCACCUCCUACAACACCUCACCUCCUCCAACAGCCCACCUCCUCUACCCCUAGUCACCACCUCCAACAGCCCACCUCCUCUAUCCCUAGUCACCUCCUACAACACCUCACCUCCUCCAACAGCCCACCUCCUCUACCCCCAGUCACCUCCUCCAACAGCCCACCUCCUCUACCCCUAGUCACCUCCUCCAACAGCCCACCUCCUCUACCCCUAGUCACCACCUCCAACAGCCCACCUCCUCUACCCCUAGUCACCACCUCCAACAGCCCACCUCCUCUACCCCUAGUCACCUCCUCCAACAGCCCACCUCCUCUACCCCCAGUCACCUCCUCCCCUCCAACAGCCCACCUCCUCUACCCCCAGUCACCUCCUCCCCUCCAACAGCCCACCUCCUCUACCCCCAGUCACCUCCUCCCCUACAUCUAUUUGAACUGUAACGUAAGGUGAACGUUGUGACUCUAUUCUUCUUAUUCGUAUUGUUGUAUUUUUGUCUCUCUGAAUUAUCUACAGUAAGAUCUCCUGUAUUGAAUGUUUUGUACAUAUGAACUGCAUGUGCAGAUAUAUAUAUUGAAGAUAUUUAAGCAGUU